AUGGCCGUUAGCGGGGUGACUUGUGAAAUGGGCGGAUGGAGGCCGAUUUUCUAUCUUCACGGAUCGGUCUCCGUAAUCAUUGCCGUAUUCUGGCUGAUUUUCUUCAUUGAUUACCCACAUAAACAUCCGUAUUUAUCGAAUCAAGAAUACCAGUUGUUGCACUCGGACACUCGGUCACCGAUGGGGCAAAAUGAGCAGCCGAAAGUACCGUAUUGCAAAUUGGUCUCAAACAAAGGCAUCGUCGCUGUGCUCAUUGCCGCUAUUGGGAACUACAAUGGAAUCAGUCCACUCAUCGUCUUUUGUUCCCUUUUGAUGAGGAAAGGUUUGGGCAGUUCGGAGCUCGAGAUCUCUUCAUACAUCUCCGCCUCUUUUGCCAUUCAAGCUUUCUUCAAAAUAUUGAGUGGUGUUCUAAGUGAUAAAAUGAAGGGAUUUUCGGAGAAAAAUCGUCUUCGUCUCUUCAAUUCACUUUCUUGUGGCCUCUCCGGGGUAUUGAUGAUCGGAGUGGCUUUCUUGAAUCCAAAAGAUAAGAUCCUCUGCUCGAUAAUGCUAACAGUAACUCAAGCGAUCAUCGGCUUCAAUUCGGCCGGUUUCAAUCGAGCGGCAAUCGUUGUCUCUGGAAAAUAUGCCUCUUUUAUAAUGACAAUCAUCGGCAUAAUUGUCUCCUUAUCGACGGUCAUCGAACCGUACAUCAUGGCCGCUGUGGCACCCGAUCACACGUGGGGACAAUGGUUUCCUCUUCUCGUCGUUCAUGGGGCGAUCCUCAUUAUCUCGAAUGCUCUUUUCUGCUUACUCACUGACGGGAAACCGUUUCAAGAA